AUGAAGAGCAUUCUCCUUGUAACCGGGGCGGCUACGCUGGCCUCGGCUGCGAGCGUCACCUUCGUGUCCCAGGACAACCUGGGCAGGACCGUGAAUUUUACCAGAAACCCUGGAAUCGCGACCCCUGGCCCGGUCCAUGUUCCCGCCGGCGGGCGCGUUCGCGUCGAAUUCCAGCACAACUGGGAAGGCAACGGGUUCGCUGUUGUUGACGGCCGCCCGGUCAAGCCGGGAAUGCUGAUGGAGGUCUCCUUCAACCAGGGCGGUGGAAUCACCUACUUUGAUGUUUCCGCCAUCGUGGACCCCAAUGACCACGACGGAGUCCAUCUCAUGUACCCUGCCGGCUCGGGCACUCCCAACUCUGGCGGCGUCAUCUUCCCGUGUGACAAUGCCUAUUACCAGCCCGAUGAUCGCCAGACUAAGGCGACAUACGAGCAGGACCUGAUUGUCACCCUGCAUACUAACCGCGGCCCUGGCCGCUAA